GGGGGCACAGGAGGCAAGGAGAGGAGGCAGCCUCCAUCGCGGCUGGGCUCUCUGGGUGCCUUAGCUCCCCUGAUCCCCCAUCAAGAUGGCUGCCCUGGUGUUCUGCAACGUGUGUUUCCGCCAGCCCCGAACGGCCACGCCCAGGUUCAGCCUCACCAAUUGCGGCCAUGUGAUCUGUGAGCCGUGUCUUCAGAAAGGCAAAAAAGAUGAAUGUUUGAUUUGUAGAGCUCCUUGCCGUACAAUAUUUCUUUCUAAAACGACAAAUCCUGAAAUUCAGUCACUGUUUAUGGGAAUAGAUAUAUUAUGCAAAAAGUAUUCAAAAGAAAUUACACUGAUUUCAGAAUUUCAAGAAAAACACAGAAGACGUUUAUUAGCAUACUACAGAGGAAAGAUUGCAAAAUUGGAAGACUCUCUUAAGAAGGCAACACAACAGACACAUCCAAUUCAAUGCACGAGGCCUCCCCAACAAACUACUCAUCUGACUGUUUCCGCUACAGUUAGAAAUCCCAUUUCUAUUCCUUCAGCAAAGCAGAAUGGGUAUUCACCAUACUCACUUCAUCCCAGCUGCCCAUCAACCUCAGAAAGGAUAGAAUCCAUGGAUGUUGACCAUGUACCUUCCCCAAUGAGGAAAUCUGAGACAGUGACUGGUCCAACAAGACUGUCAUUGAUAAGCCCACCUCGUGAUGGACGUAUGGGUAGUAUUUCUUAUAAAGGUUGUCAAUCAUCAAGAUUAACAGCAAGUCAGAAUAGCAUAGCAGGAUCUCUAAGGUCAACACCAUUAAGAAUGCCACAUACCGGAUAUUCGUUCACUUCAUCAUCUGGAUCACAAAGUAGUAGAACAGGCACAUGGGAUACUUCUGGUUUCAGAACUCCUCAGUUGUAUGCAUGUACAACACCUUCCUCACAGUCAUCUGUAACCAGACAGCCAAUCACCAUCUCCAGUCUUCUACAGAGGCAACAUGUAGGGUCUACUAAUCUUGGAGGACAUUCAGUAGAAAGAUAAGCAAUCUGAAUUAAAUAAGCAUCUGGAGAAACUCUCCACUAGCUUGUAUACAUCAGAGUAUGUGUAAUUUCUAUAAAAUGUAAUACUGGAAUAAAAUAAUGAACUGGUCACCUUGGUGAAAGCACUUUUAAAAUAAAAUUGCU